UCGGCACUCGGCAGCGUGGCGUGCCCCUGCACCGCAGCCGGCCGCAGCCGGCGGAUCGGGGUGGCUUAGCUAUAUAUAACGGCGCGCGCCGAGUCCUCUCAUUCCAUCACCACCACAACACACCAAGCGAGUAUCCCGGCGCUCAGGGCAUUCUCGCGGCCGGCCGGUCCUAGCUGCUUCCCGCGACACCGUCUCGUCCGACGACGGCCAUGGCUGCUGAUUCGGGCAAGAAGCCGUCGGCGAACGGCGGCAAGGCGCCGGCGCCCAACAAGGCCUCCGACUCCGGCGGCAUCGCCAAGCGGCUCCCGCGCAUCGCGUUGAUGUUCUUGCUGGCGCUGCUGUACCGGCAGCUGCAGGCUCCGCCUCCCAAGAUACCCGGGACGCCUGGCGGCCCUCCGGUGACGUCGCCGAGGAUCAGGCUCCAGGACGGCAGGCACCUGGCCUACCACGAGUCCGGCGUCCCCAAGGACCAGGCCAAGCACAAGAUCAUCUUCGUGCACGGCUUCGAUUCCUGCAGAUACGACGUGCUCCGGGUCUCGCCGGAGCUGGCGCAGGAGCUGGGGAUCUACCUGCUCUCUUUUGAUCGUCCUGGGUACGGCGAGAGCGACCCGCACCCGGGGAGGACUGUGAAGAGCAUCGCCUUGGACAUCGAGCAGCUCGCCGACGCCAUGGAGCUCGGCCCCAAGUUCUACCUCACCGGCUUCUCCAUGGGCGGCGAGAUCAUGUGGAGCUGCCUCAAGUACAUCCCGCACAGGCUCGCUGGAGUUGCCAUCCUUGGCCCUGUGGGCAACUACUGGUGGUCCGGGUUCCCCGCGAACGUGUCCCGGGAGGCCUGGAACGUGCAGGUGGCGCAGGACAAGUGGGCCGUGGGCGUGGCGCACCACGCGCCCUGGCUCACCUACUGGUGGAACACCCAGAAGCUCUUCCCGGCGUCCAGCGUCAUCUCCUUCAACCCCGCCAUCAUGUCCCAGGAGGACAUGGCCGUCAUCCCCAAGUUCGCCUACAGGAGCUACGCCUACCAGUCGCGGCAGCAGGGGGAGCACGAGAGCCUGCACCGCGACAUGAUGGUGGGGUUCGGCAAGUGGAGCUGGAGCCCGCUGGAGCUGGAGGACCCGUUCCCGGGCGGCGAGGGCAAGGUGCACCUGUGGCACGGCGCCGAGGACCUCAUCGUGCCCGUGGGGCUGUCGCGCUACAUCAGCCAGAGGCUGCCGUGGGUGCGCUACCACGAGCUGCCCACGGCCGGACACCUCUUCCCCAUCGCCGACGGGAUGCCCGACGUCAUCCUCAAGUCGCUGCUGCUCGGGGACGACGAGUGAUUGAUUGUGAUGGUGUUUUGAUUUUUCGAUGUAACUAGAGAUCCUGGUGUAGUGCAGUGAGAAUGCAUGCUAGCGACAUGUCAUUGUGAUUGUUGCUCCUAUUCCAAUUUAUAGAGAGAGAAAUGAUAAUAAUAAUAAUUAAGUUAAGUCCGUUGUCGUCACUGAA